UGUUUGUUCAGCCAGAGAGAGGCAGAGAAGAAGAAAAAUGGCGGCUCUAGACGAACCCAAACGGGACGCCGGGCUAACGUUUUGAGCUCUCAAACCCGAAAAGACACGGGGGCUCCACGGGGUUCCCGCACCGUCUGAAUCCCCGCCGGUCCAGCGUUGUAGGGGUGCCGCUUCCGCUCGAGUUCGUGUCGGUUAAAUCAACGCAAAAAAUAGGAUUGUAAAAUAAUAGCUCUCGCCUAUUAUGAGAGGGAAAAGGGGCAGGCCGCCCAAACCGCUACAAGCCGAGGACUCGUCUCCAGCUACGGCCCGAGGCUUGCGACCUAGGAGGAAUCUGAAGCCCAGGUUCAGGGACAGCGGGGACGAGGACGCCGAGAGCCCGACACGGGAGCCCAGCAAGUCGGCGAAGAAGAGAAAAGCGGGACCCGUCACGUCAACACGGGGCAGGGGACGAGGCAGAGGCGGAGGUUGUGGAAGAGGAGGCAGAAGGGGCCGCGGAGGAAAGCGGACGGCUCCGUGCAAAACAGUGGUGUACGACGACCACGAGAGCGACGAGGAGGACGACGCUGUCAGCCUGAGGUCCGAGGAGGACGAGUUCGUCGAGGAGGAACCUCAAUCCGAAGAGGAUGAGGCCCUCAAAGAGGAGUCAGAUUGCCUCGAAGAUGAUGUGCUGGACGAGCAGCAGGAGGAGGAGGAGGAGGAGGAUGAUGCCAGCCACUGCACGGAGAGUAGCUUUCGGAGUCAGGGCACACCGGGGAAGAAAAAAGUGCGGGCUCCCAGAACUCGCAGUCCCAUCUUCGAGGAGAAGGAGAUUCCACCUCUUGAGCUCCCGGACACCUCCGAGGAUCUCCUGGUGCCCAGUGAAGAGCUGCUCAAUGCCGCCUCCAUCUACGAGGUGCUGCGCAAUUUCAGCACGGUGCUGCGCCUCUCCCCCUUUCGCUUUGAGGACUUCUGCGCGGCACUGGUCGGGCAGGAGCAGUGCACUUUGAUAGCAGAGGCCCAUAACGCCUUCUUGAAGGUCAUCCUCCGCGAGGAGGACACCUCCAACACUACCUUUGGCCCCGCUGACCUCAAGGACAGCGUCCACUCCACGCUGUACUUUAUAGACGGCAUGACGUGGCCCGAGGUGUUGCGGGCAUACUGUGAGAGCGACAGGGAGUACCAUCAUGUCCUUCCUUACCAGGAGGUGGACGAGUAUCCCUAUGGUCCACUCGAAAGCAAGAUCAAGGUGUUACAGUUUUUGAUGGACCAGUUUCUCACCACCAACAUCGCUCGCGAGGAGCUGAUGUCCGACGGCGUCAUGCUGUACGACGACCACUGCCGCGUCUGUCACCGCCUGGGCGAUCUGCUGUGCUGCGAGACCUGCUCAGCGGUCUACCACCUGGAGUGUGUGAAACCCCCACUGGAGGUGGUUCCGGAGGACGAGUGGCAGUGUGAGAUUUGUGUGGCGCACAAGGUGCCUGGUGUCACAGACAGUGUGUCGGAGGCACAGAAGAACAGGCCCUACAUCCGCCAAGAGCCCAUUGGAUACGACCGCCACGAGAGGAAGUACUGGUUCCUAAACAGAAGGAUUAUUGUUGAGGUGGACGGGGAGCACGAGAAGAAACAGACCUGGUACUACAGCACCAAGGCGCAGCUGGAGGAGCUCAUGGACCGCCUGGAUCAUCAGUACUGGGAGACGGACCUCCAUGCCACUCUGGAGGAGAUGAAGGAGGAGGUGCAGGCCCACAUGGCCAUCACAGAGGACCUCACCAACAAAGCCCGCGGAAACAACAGAGCCUACCUCUCGGCUGCCAACGAUGUGAUCAUGGAGCGCAUGAAGGUCCGGCGGGAAUCGCAGGAAGCAAAGAGGCGGCCAGAGGACCCGAAGCAGGAAGCAGGAAUGGGCUCCGUCAAGGCAGCGGAGGACACCGCCGAGGUCACUUCAAUGACCGACAGCAGAGAGCAAAAAGACACAGAGGCCAAGGAGGAUGCUGGUUUGCAAGCAGCAGCCGCGGUUCCCCCUGCUCCAGAGGAGAGCUGCGCAUCUCACGCUAGCACCGGCUCUGCCACCCAGGACACCGCCAUGCCUAAAACAGAGUCCCUCGAACCCAGCAGUGAAACGCAGCCCGAUCACUCUGGGAGCCAGGAGAGCGGGGAGUCCCCUCCAGUGGCGAAGCAGGAAAGGACAGAUGAAGGUGUGAAAGCGGAGUCUGGCAGCGAGGACAAUCGCGUUGACGUUUCCCCAGAUCGGCCGCAGCCAUCCCAACCAGAGGUGAGCGGCGGCAACAGCCAGGUUUCAGGCCUCAGGAAACCAGAGCAGCCCGACUUGGCUGAUCGGUCCUCCCAGUCCUCUUUCACCAGCCAGGAUGGGACAGACGAGUACGUCAACAGGGUCAAGAGCGAUGAUGAGAGACCGGCAGUACAGGAAUCGAAUAAUCAGGUGCCCAGAGGCAGCAAAGAGUCCUCUCCUCUGCACUCCGACGGCGACUCUUCACGUCUCAGCUUCCUAAAAAGGGACCUGACAGUGAAUUUGAACAACUUGUUUAAACUGGGUCAGGAGGGUAAAUACAGGGUCUACCACAAUCAGUACAGCACCAACGUCCUGGCCUUGAACAAACACCAGCACCGCGAGGACCAUGACAAGAGACGCCACCUCUCCCACAAGUUCAGCCUGACCACCGCGGCAGAGUUCAAGUGGAACGGUUCCAUCUACGGGUCGCGGAGCCUGACCGUCUCCACCCUGCGUCUCACCAUCAUCCAGCUGGAGACCAAUGUCCCUGGGCCAUUUAUGCAUCCGAACUGGGCGUCACACAGGACCAACUGGAACAAAGCUGUGCAGAUGUGCAGCAAGGCCAGGGAAUUUGCUCUGGCCUUGGCCAUACUGGAGUGUGCCAUCAAACCAGUGGUCAUGCUGCCUGUAUGGAAAGAUUCUCUUGGACACACAAGGCUACAUCGUAUGACCUCCAUGGAGCGGGAGGACAAGGAGAAGGGGAAAAAGCGUGAGAAAAAGCUGGAGGAUGAGGAGACCCUGCAACAGGCCACGUGGGUGAAGUACACCAUCCCCAUUAAGCACCAGGUGUGGAAGCAGAAAGGGGAGGAGUACAGGGUGACAGGAUAUGGUGGCUGGAGUUGGGUCAGUAAGACUCAUGUGCCGCGGUUCGUCCCAAAGCUACCAGGGAACACGAACGUUAACUACCGCAAAGAGCUGGAGGCUAAAAUGAGGAAGAAAAAUGCAGCAGUUUGUACUAAAAAACAGAAAAGGUUGAUGGAAAAUAAGAAGCAGGAUAUUCCGAUCACACCGCACGAGGACAAUGAACAAGCGUCCGUCACUGCUUCCUCUCAGAGCCCGUCAUCAGAGGAGGUCUGCCAAUCUCAGACUCCAAAAGUGGAUGAAAAACUCACGGAGGAGGAGCAGGGAAUGAAAGAAAAAGAAGAGAAGAGUAAAGAAGAAAACAUGGAGGUUGACCCAUGCUCAGAAACAGCUGCUUCAAAUGGUGAAAAUGAUAAAGCUGAAAACAAAGACUCUUCCUCGCCCUCUGUGUCGCCCCUGAGGGAAGAACCGAUCCAGAAAGUUGAACAACCCAAGAGUGAGGCGACCACUGCGUCAAAUAUCUACUAUGAUGUUGUGAAUGUCAGCGAGGGCUUCCAGCUGCGGACGGCUUAUAAGAAGAAAGUAAAGCCCUCCAAACUGGAUGGGCUUUUGGAGCGGCGGGUAAAACAGUUCACUUUGGAGGAGAAGCAGAGGCUUGAGCGACUCAGGCAGGCUGCCCUGCUGUCCAAAACGGCUGCCACAAAGCCUCCAUCCGGAGUUAAGACCGAAGGAUCCACAUUAGGAAAACAGCAGCCUGCUGUGACCCUGUGUGUAAAAAAAGAGACGGAGGAGGGCCCUGAAGUGAAAGACCACGUGGUGAAAAAGCUCAACUUUGAGCAGGAGGAGACGAAGAUAAAGGCCGACACGGAUGUCAAAUCAGAAACCACGGAACCCAACCACAGCAAAUCGACAGAGGUCAAUGCUGUGCAGGGGAACUGUGGGGAUACCUUGGCUCACAAAGAAGUGAACGGAGGACUCCUGUCAAGCACUGAGCCUCACAGUAAAAACAAUUGCAUAUCAGAUGCAAUAGAAAGUAAAGACAAAACACAGAAGCCAGAGGUGGCUCAAGUGGGAGAGAAUACUAAGAAACGUGGGUAUGAGGAGAUGGAGCAAAGCUGUGGACAGACCAUGGAGGUGGACCAAAGCAAGACUGGUCCUGUGCAGGUGAAUGGUGAAGCUGGGGUCACCGCCCCUGCAGACUCAAACACCAUCUCAGACCAAGUCAGUCGAGACCAAGGAGAUGUCAAAGAGCCCGUCAAGUCUCUGAUGAACGGAAACCUCUCGCAAAAUGACAUCUCUGACAUAUGUCACCCGCCUCCCCUAAAAGUCCCCAAAUUUGAGAACCAUGUGGCAGAGAAAGGAGACGCUCUCGAUAAGGCUGUGGAUGUGGCCGUGGGCAGCGAGGAGACUGUACCUGCUAAGCUUCCCUCCUCGAGCCCUCCUUGGCUGAAUAGUAAUAGUGCCGACAGUAACAGCAGUAGCAAAGGUUUGAAGACCUCAGCAGAAACCACCACCACAGAGUCCCAAAAUGCCACAACAACGGACCUGUCCAGUAAGAUCAGUAAGUCUGAUGUGACGCCUCAAAUCACCUCUGUCACCACCACCCAGCCCAGCUCCAGGGCAUUUGGCCAUCAGAGGAAUAAACUUCCAAUAGCCGUCACCAAGACGACUUCGACCAGCUCCAUGACGAUUAGUAAAGAGUAUUCCACCAAAGACCGGAUCAGCCUACUCAGGUUCUCCAAAUCCAAGAAGGCCCGCUCGGGGACGGCCCUGCCGUCCUACCGCAAGUUUGUCACCAAGAGCAGCAAGAAGAGCAUCUUCAUCCUGCCAAAUGACGACCUGAAGAGAAUGGCGAGAAGGGCGGGCAUCAGAGAGGUGCCCAUCUUCAACUACAACGCCAAGCCCGCCCUGGAUAUAUGGCCCUACCCCUCACCUCGGCCCACUUUUGGGAUCACGUGGAGGUACCGUCUCCAGACCGUGAGGUCACUGGCUGGGGUCAGCCUGAUGCUGAGGCUGCUGUGGGCCUGCCUGAGGUGGGACGACAUGGCUGUUAAGCCCUCCGCUGCUGUAGGGACGACACGGAAAGAAACCACGGACACGGACAUCACCACGACGGAGAUCAUAAAACGGAGGGACGUGGGGCCUUACGGCAUCCGCUCAGAGUACUGCAUCAGGAAGAUCAUCUGUCCCGUCGGAAACAGAGACACUCCCAAAGAAACCCCAACUCCCCAGAGGAAAGGCCUGCGCUCGAGCGCCUUGAGGCCAAAGAAGCACGAGCCAGCCAAGCUGACCGGGCCCAUAGCUGUGGAGACAUGGGUGGUUGAAGAGGACCUGGAGCUGUGGGAGAUCAGGGCUUUUGCUGAAAGAGUUGAGAGGGAGAAGUCACAGGGUAUUGAUUCCUCCAAGACUGGCAGCAGUCUCAAGACAGCAGAGGAAGUCAAGGCCCAUUUGGAGAAUCAGCUGAAGCAGGCCAGACUCGCUGCCCAGCAGAAACGUCUGGAGCCGCUGAGGCCGGGUACACCGUCCGGCACUCUCACAACGACCACCACAUCCACCUCGUCCAGCUCCCCAGUGUCCAUGGGCCAGAGGAUGGGUCAGGUCACACCUGGAGCCAAGAUGGUCCUGGCCUCCAAGCUGGGCUCUCCGGUUUCCUUUCAGCAAGACAAAAACUUCCAUCAGUCUUUUGCUUCCUGGGUCAAGCAGGGUCAGACCAGCAACACCUCAGCCUCCGUUGGCUCGGCGACCACCGUGGCCAGCGGCGUCGCCACCUCCGAGCAAACCUUCCAGAUCGCUGGCAGCCCAUUGACUGUGGCUGGCCAGGUCCUCGGCAGCAAACUCCCGCUCCCCGCUAACAGCAAGAUUGUCACGCUCAACAUGCCCACCGCACAAGGAGGUGUAGUCCAGCAGAAAGUCCUGGGCAUUUUUCCCUCCGGGCCCCCUGCGAACCUGAGGACGUACAGCACCCUACACCCAACGACUGGCAACAUUAACCUCCGGGCCAGCACCUCCUCAACCACCCAGCAGCAGGCCGUUGCACCAGGAGGCCAAAUGCAACCCGUCACGGCGAUGAGCCAGUCUCCGACCCUGUCUACUUCUGUGGGCAAAGCUCCAGCCUUGGCUCAACAAGGCCAACCUCAGCCAACUGUGACACAAAUGGGUCCUGCUUCUACACCUGUGCAGACGACCGCGGCUCAGAGGGCAGCAGGUCCUGCACCAGCACCUCAUGCAGCCACCACAGCACCUGGCCAGUCACCUGUAGCUUCCCCUCAGACCAACAGGCCACAGCAGGGUCAAGUUAAGCUCACUAUGGCACAGCUCAUGCAGCUGACACAGGGUGCUCAGGGUGGAAACCCAGGUCUGACGGUGGUGAUCCAGGGUCAGGGCCAGACCCAGGGACAGCUGCAAAUCAUCCCACAAGGUGUAACCGUCAUCCCCGUUCCUGGUCAGCAGCUAAUGCAGGCAGCCAUGCCCAACGGCCAGGUCCAGCGUUUCCUCUUCACUCCCAUCCUCCCAUCCUCAUCGGCUGCAACUUCAGCACCCGCUCAGACCCCUCAAGCCCAAAUGUCAACACCAUCUCAAGCCAGAACCCCUGCGCAAGUCCAGACGACUCCCUCUGCCCUAGCCCAAACCGAAAUGCCAGCCCCUGUACUCGCCCCGACACAAAUGCCCAGCUUGGCGCCCACAGUACCUGUGCAAACCCAAGUUGCAGCCGCUACUACCCCAUUAUCAGUCCCUGCACAAUCUCAAAUAUCCACUGCUGUGCCGGCCCUGCCUCACGUUGCAGCCCAGGCCUCGAAACAGGUUUUAUCCUCCACACCAGCCUCUGUCCCCGCACAACCCCAAGUGGCAAGGUCUGUGCCUUCCCCGGCACAAAAUGCUGGCCUGGCUAUGUCUCAGACAGUCUUCGCCUCAGCCUCAACCCCAUCACAGACCCACGUCUCCACCCUCACUCCAGGUUUAUUUCCCACACAAGCCCAAACUGCAGCGUCGCUCCCUGUCCUGGGACACGUCGUACCUCAAGCCCAGAUCCAGACCCAUGCCUUCAGCCAUGUCCCUGCUUUAGCCCCGGUCUCGUUCAUGGUGGCCACCCAAGUUGCCGCAACGGCCGCCGCUUCUAACUCCGCCCAAAUACCUGUUUCUUCCUCUCUUCCCUCACCUGUCCAAGUUCCAACCCCAGCUCUUGCUCCCGUCUCUGCUCCCGUCUUAGCUGUUGUGUCCACCCACAUCGCUGUCCCGUCCCCAGCCAAAGCUCUCACCCAAAUCCAGGCAACAGCUCCUGUUCCCCUUCAUGCUGCUGUGGCCAACGCUGUUGUCACACCAGUCACCGCCACCUUUACAACACCCUCAGUGCCAGCUCUGGCGGAGCUGAGGGCAGCUCAGCCCCAGGUGUGGACUCCAGCCUCAUCUCAAGCUCAGACUCCUGUUCAUCCAGCUCAGCAGGCUGCAGCGCCUGCGCAGACACCCGGCCUGGCCACUGUACCCGCCUCUGCUACAGUCUCCAUGCAUUCAUCACCUGUUACCCUGCUGCCUCAAGCAGCUCUUCCUCCUCAAGCUCAAGGACACGUCCAACACCCUACCGUUGUAUCCAUGCAGCAGGUGUCUCAAAUCCCAGUCUCAGCAGUGCAGGUUCAUAUGGGGUUACCAGUCUCUUCUGUUGUUACUACGGUCAGACCCACGCAGCCUCAGCUCCAGCCCCAAACCCAUGCGCAACUUCAACCUCAGCGUCAAGCUCAGAUCUGUGCACAGAUUCAGGUCCAGCCCUUUGGCCAAGUCCAACAAAUGCCACACAUUCAAGCUCAAGCGCAUCUCCAGGCCCAAGUCCAAAGCCACCCCCAGGUCCGAGUUCAGUUUCAGCAACAAACUCAGCAACCACCCCAAGCCCAACUACAGCCCAUUGCUCAAAAUCCACCUCAGGUGCAGUUUCAGUCCCAAACCCAAACCUUGCCCCAGGCCCAGCUCCAACUCCAAUCAAGGGUCCAGCCUCAGUACCACCCCCAGGUACAGGCUUCAUUUCAAACACAGGCUCAAACCCAACCCCCGACUCACCAACCGCCUCAGGCUCAAACUCAGCUACAGCCUCAAAUCCAAACCCAGGUUCAGUUCCAGAAACAGAGCCACAUUCACCCACAACCACAGACCCUGCAGCAACCCCAGGCACAAACUCAAGUCCAAACUCAGCCCCAGUUUCAAGUCCAAUCACCACAGCAGACCCAGGUCCAGCAACAGCUUCAGGUCCAAGCCCAACCCCAAGUCCAAGCAAAACUCCAAGUCCAGUUCCAGCCUCAGAACCAAACUCAAGUUCAAGCGCAGCCUCAGCUUCAGGUCCAGUCUCCUAUCAGGCAUCAGCUCAUCACUGUUCCAGGCCUCCAGCAGCCUGUCCAGCUUCUCUCGGCUCUGCCACCCCAUGUUGCCGCUCAGAUCCAAGCCCAGAUCCAGGCCCAGCAGCAGGGUGGCACAGUUCCCCAGCAGAUCAAACUGCAGCUGCCAAUCCAGAUCCAGCAGACGGGGGGGCAAAUCCAGGCCCACCAAAUCCAGAACAUGGUGACCAUACAGGCACCAGCAAGCGUCCAGGAGCAGCUGCAACGAAUGCAGCAGCAACAGCUGCAGCAGCAACAACAACAACAGCUGCAGCAGCAACAACUGCUACAGCAGCAGCAGCAAAAACCAAAGAAGAAGAAACACCCGGAGGUUAAAAGGGAACAGAAGGAGACAAAUCUGCAGGCCGUUAGCCCUGUUGAUGUCAUUCAGAAGCAGGUGGUCGUGAAGCAGAUCGCUACAGCUGAGCAGCUAAAACAGAGGAAGACUGUGGCUGCAGCGGAGAGAGAGGAGAACCAGAGAAUGAUCGUGUGCAACCAGGUGAUGAAGUUCAUCCUCGACAAGAUCGAGAAGGACGAGAAGCAGGCGGCUAAGAAGAGGAAGAAGGAGGAGGUGGUGGAGCAGAAACGCUCCAAACAGAACGCCACCAAGCUGACCGCGCUGCUGUACAAGCACAAGGAGCAGCUGAAGGCGGAGAUCCUGAAGAAGAGGGCCCUGCUGGACAAGGAGCUGCAGCUGCAAGUACAGGAGGAGCUGAAGCGGGACAUAACCAGGCUGCAAAAAGAAAAGGAGAAAGCCAGAGCCGCCAUCACUCAGGCCGCUGCAGCGACGGUCAAAGCGGCCUCCUCUCACUCCUCCCAUCCUUCUCACUCCACACAUUCCUCUCACGGCGCCCACGCAGCGACCUCGCCGUCCUCAUCCUAUAAGCGCAAGAGGGACGAGGAGAGGGACAAAGACAGAAGCAAAGACAGGGACCGGCACCACGACAAGGACAAGCAUCACGACAAGGACAAGAAGCGGGACAAGGACCGAGACCGAUGUAGAGACCGAGAUAAAGAGAGAGACGGGGAUCGGGAGAAGGAGAAGGAGAGGGAGAAGGAGAGGGAGAAGGAGAAAGAGAAAGAGAAAGAGAAAGAGAAGGAGCGGGACAGACAUCGGGACAAAGACAGGGACGGAGACAAGGACGGAGACAAGGAUGGAGAUUCCAGCUCAUCCAAACAUAAGAAGAAGAAGAAGCCGUCUUCUACCUCAAAGGAUCACAAGAAGGACACCAAACUGUACUGCGUCUGCAAAACGGCCUACGACGAGUCAAAGUUUUACAUCGGGUGCGACCUGUGCUCCAACUGGUUCCACGGCGUGUGUGUCGGCAUCACGGAGAAAGAGGCCAAGAAGCUGGAGGACUUUGUGUGCAACGACUGCAAAUGCGGUCAGGAGGGAGGAAGCAACGAGGAGGUGUACUGCAUCUGCCGGACGCCAUACGACGAGUCGCAAUUCUACAUCGGCUGCGACCGCUGCCAAAACUGGUACCACGGCCGCUGCGUGGGCAUCCUGCAGAGCGAGGCUAAUCAAAUCGACGUGUACGUCUGCCCGCAGUGUCAGUCGACGGAAGACGCCAUGACGGUCCUCACACCGCUCACUGACAAAGACUACGAGGGGUUGAAAAGAAUAUUACGCUCGUUACAGACUCACAAAAUGGCGUGGCCUUUCCUUGAACCGGUGGAUCCCCACGAUGCACCGGAUUAUUACCGUGUCAUCAAGGAGCCAAUGGACUUUUCCACAAUGGAAACCCGCUUGCAAAAGCGACACUACCACAAGCUCACGGAGUGCGUGGCCGACGUGACCAAAAUCUUCGACAACUGUCGCUACUACAACCCCAAUGACACACCCUUCUUUCAGUGCGCCGAGGUGCUCGAAGCCUUCUUUGUACAGAAGCUCAAAGGUUUCAAAGCGAGCAGAUUGUCAGAUUCUUAAAGUUGGCCAGUCUAGCUGGAGUCUGGACUGGAUGCUGGGGGUGUCUAGUAAUAAUGACAUGGGAACUUUUCUAUUUACAGAACAGCAAAAAAAAAAAUUUCAAAAAUAAUGUUGAUAAAGAGAGAAAAAUACACAAAACACCAAUUGUGCUUUCAUGUAAAUGCCACCAAUUUAACAUUUUUUGGUAACCAUAAUAUUCAGUUUAAUCACGAUGGCAGCCAUGUUGACAUGCGUUUACCAUGUAAUCGAGGGGCAAGUUUUCUUCUCAUUAUUUCCUUAAAUCUGGCCUUUAUUAAACAGUCCAUUGUGUUUUUCAAUGAGAUUUUAAAUGCAUUUUAGUUCCUAACUUGUAUUUAUUUUCUGUUCAACAUCUGAGUUGGAUUGGAUAAUGUGUUGACCUUGCCAGAUAUAAGAAACGUAUAUACAGCUGCAUAUGUUAUUAUCUAGAGAUAUUUAUGAGAAGUUCUGUAUGUUACAUCCCUUUUUGAGUUUGAUCGAGCUGGCUGUUACGGUGGUUGUCUUGAAUGUACAUACUUUUUUAUCAUGUACAGCGGUUGUAAGAUAUAUCUAACUCUGUGUUUGAAUGUUUUUAAAAAAGAAUUAUGAAGCAAAUCAUUUUAGAUGGUAUUAUUUUAUGAGACUAAAAAUGUACUACAAAGAGUGAGGACUGUGAGCUCGCCGUGUUCCUCGCUUCACAAAGUAACCUCAGUUUGUAGUUGUGGAAGACUUCCUUCACCAAUAAAGGCAUUCCCAGUGACUCACACCAACAUGGCUGCAGGAUCCUCUGCCCACCUCUUUGCAUCCUCUGUGUCUGUUUGUUUUUUUUGUGUCAAUGUCACAACAGUAAACAACAACAAACAGACUGCGAAGGGCUCUCAACUUUCCUCCCCCCUCUCUCCGCAUUCUGUAGGUCUCAUAACAACAAGCUGCAAUGUUCGUCAGCCUCUUAGAAAGCAACGCACAUUGCUCAAACAAAAUGCACUUGCCAAGAAUAUGACUUUUCUGAACUGUAACUCUGUGACGGACUCGACCCGUCCUGUGUUUGGGAUCGGCUCCCCCCCUGUCCCUCCCCCCCACACACACACACACACACACUGUCGGUGCAACCAGCACUGCUGCUUUCACAGAGCUGGUCAUUUCAGCUCUACGGGACCGGUUUUCUUUUUGGACCUGUCUUCAUCAGUGGGACUCUCCUGAGGAGCGACUGAGGCAUUGCAGAAGAAAAGUUUACCUCUGAGGAAAAGACUCUUAAGGAGCGCUCAUAUUUCCAUGUUUAUUUUUUUAAUUCAGUCUUUUUCUCUUUUUUUUUUCUUUUUUUUUUAAAGACCCACCCUAAGGCCAUCCUUGUGGUCAAGUCCAAUGAGAAAUAGGAAAACGAAGUACAGACAUACAAUGAGUUAAACUAUCAAGCAUUUCUUGUCUAAAGUUUGGAUAUCACAGUGGAACUUUUUUUUUCUUUUUUUCUUUCCACUCCUUGUUUCGUCUGAAGUGGCAUGAAAGAGUGUUGUACUAAAUAGCGGGACCCCUGUAGUCUGCUUGGUUAAACUUCUGUAACCUCCUGAGAAUACAGUAAUAAGCUAUUGUAAAUGGGUUGCUCUGCAGCGGUGACGGACUGAGAAGGAUGAAGCAACACAUUUGAAGGCUCUUGCCCUGUUUGUAAAACAAAAAAUUGUCAGAUUUCAACUUGAUUUCGUUUCUUUUUUUUGUAUUACAACUGAAGAAAUAUUGAUGUGUAUAUGAAACUUAAUAAAAACAAAAAGACUGA